AUGCCCGAUGGCCCUGGCCGUGCUCCGCCAUGCUGCCUCUGCAUUACCCCGGGGGGCGCUGCAGGCACGUCCUUCUGUCUGACGAGCCCCAGCUUGCUGGACCUGCCCGUGCCGCUGGGGCCCAAGGCCUGGGUCGCCAGCCGGCCGCCGACAGAUCGGUACACUGCGGAUGGAGCAGGCCGACCGACAGCUCCAAGAGGCGGCCACGUCGCAAAUGGUCCCCGAGCAGUUUCCGCCCGUGGGCUUGCGCAUGUUCAACUCGCUGCUGUCGCGGCAUCAGAGGACGAGGAUGUAGGCAGCAAGGCCAAGGAGGACAAAGAUACAUUGGAGGACAAGCAGGACAAGGAGGACAAGGCUGCUUGCGCAUCUUCAGCUUGA